UAGAUUAUUUAGUUUGUAUUGGUGCACUAUAUAGUAAAGAUGUCCUUGACAUCAGCUGAUUCUGUAUACAUAGAUAUAAUGUACGCGUGACUUUCAGCAAGUAUCGAUUGUAUGGAGUGCAAAAGAUUGGUCGAGGAUGACCUCGUACUAUCAUACAUUUUAUAGAAAAUAACUGAAUAAAAUAUGUGAUACAUGUAAUUACUAUCAACUACUCUAACUUCUUUCAUCUCUAUUAAGAAAAUACAGGAAAGUUAUUUUGAGCAUACCCUGAAGGUUGAUUGCCAACCUCAGAAAUUCAGAAUCUAUUCCUUCAAUUUAAUAUCAGAAAACUGUUUUGAUUAAAUUCAUUUAAAAAUGGACUCAGAUUCUGCAGACAUGGUGAACGAAAUCAAAAGCAAGAUAAUAUUGCACUGGAAUUGCCGGGGUCUUGUGGAAUUUCCUGAAGCAAUAAGAAUCUAUGGAAGUCACAUUCAAGAAAUAUAUUUGAAAUGGAAUAAACUUACAGCAUUGCCUCCAUGGAUCAUAGAAUUAUUCAACGUUACUAAUUUGUAUAUAUAUGGAAACUUAAUCAAAGAACUACCUCCAGAACUAUGUCAAAUGAAUCGGUUAACAGUCCUUGAUUUAAGUGCUAAUAAACUAGAACUAAUACCUCCUUCUAUAGGAAAUUUAAUUAACUUAAAGUCUUUAUUGUUAAAUGAAAAUUUCAUAGACAAAUUGCCAGCUGAAAUGAAUAAAUUGCAUAACUUAGAAAUUUUGUCCAUUUCUGGAAAUAAAUUUGUUGCAUUACCAGAAUGGAUUGGUUCAUUGCCUAAGUUGAAGGAAUUAAAUGCAGAUAAUAAUUAUUUAAAAGAAUUACCCAACAGACUCACCUUAUCACCAGAAAUAUCAAUCAUUUCUGUGUGUUCUAACAGGCUAAGGUAUCUACCACUAAAUGGAUUUGUAUCGUCUCCUAGCAUCAAAUUUGAUGCAAAUGUAUAUUUAAAUUAUUUGUCUUAUCCAGUUUUUUAUCAGUUAACAUCUCAAAUUCAAGACACACUUACAUAUGAUCAAAGAAGUGUUUUGGGUUAUGGAUGUUUCAAAAUGUAUUGCGAGAACACGGUAUUACGUACAAAUAUAAAGUUAAACGUAAAAACAAAUGGAAAAAAUACUGAUUUUACAAUUGAAUUGCCACGGCAGCUUUUAAAAGUUCACAACAUACAUGAAAAUACAGUUGUUUCUUUGUGGGAGUUAGCUUUGAGAAAAACUUAUACCGAAAGGUAUAAGCACACACUUAGUAUUAUUACAUCACCUGUAAAUAUAAGUGUUCAGUAUGAACCGAUUGCCAUAAAUAAUUAUCAAAACCUUGAAAUUACAAUGUACCCCAUAAACUGUGCUUCGUGUAACUUGUUAACAAAUGGACCUGUUAGUAUUUGUGUACAUUCUCAAUGUCAACAGCCAAUCUUCACGGAAGCUUGGGUUAUUGUUGGUGUUAGCAAUCAUGCACAGUCUAUAAUAACAGUUGCAUUAUGCUGCUGUAAAAGAUGCGCAUCUGAAUUUGCGAAAUAUUCCAAAUUGGCCGUCAAUCACGACUGGUAUCAUAUAAAUUAAUGAUACUUACAUUGUUUAGUACGUAAUUCUGUAAAUAUAACAUAUAAAAAAUAAAAGAGCUUAAUAUUUUUAAAUUA